AUGGAUUCAUCAGAGAUGAGGUACUUGGAGGAUGAUGACACUCCAAAGAUGAAAGUUGUAAAGGGUGCAACCACAGGAUUGGUUACUGGGACUAUUUUCGGUACCAUUGUCGCCACUUGGCAUGAUGUGCCUCGUGUGGAGAAGCACGUCGCACUUCCAGGGCUAAUAAGGACUCUGAAGAUGAUGGGAAAUUAUGGGAUGACCUUUGCUGCCAUUGGUGGUGUUUACAUUGGUAUUGAGCAGCUUCUACAGCAUCAAAGAAUGAAGAGAGAUUUCGUUAAUGGAGCUGUUGGUGGUUUUGUUGCUGGGGCUUCGGUCCUAGGCUUUAAAGCAAGGAGCAUCCCAACGGCUAUUUCUGCUGGAGCAGCUCUCGCCGUUACCUCAUCGCUCAUCGAUGCUGGAGGCCAGACCACUAGAGUAGACAAUGGCAAGGAGUAUUACCCUUACACCACCAAGAAAAGAUCCACCGUCGAAGCAUGA